AUGAUCAGAAGGAGGACAGAUUGGAUCCCUGACUCCUCUGGUGGCCUCGUGAAUCUCGGCAUGGACAUAGGUGAUGACAUGGUAUCAGGACUUAGCUACAAAACUUAUACUGUCAAGGAUGGUCCCUGGAGCCAGCAGGAGAGGAGACACGAGGCCCUGGGGAAGGGGGAAGCCCUCUCUUGGGGAAAGUACAAUGCUGCCUGGAAAACCAUGAUUCCCUUCCGCCCUAAGCCAAAGCUGCCCUCUCCUCAACCCUUGGAUGAUGCUGGACUGUUCUCCUAUCUCACAUUGUCAUGGCUCACCCCACUAAUGAUACAAGGCUUACAGUUUCGAUUGAAUGAGAAUACCAUCCCCCAGCUGUCGGUAAAUGAUGCCUCAGACAAAAAUGUCAAAAGGCUUCGUCUCCUUUGGGAAGAAGAAGUCUCAAGACAUGGGAUUGAAAAAGCUUCAGUACUUCGAGUGAUGCUGAGGUUCCAAAGAACAAGGGUUAUAUUGGAUGUACUUAUGGGCUGCUUCUACUGUGUGGCAAGUGUAUUAGGGCCAGCACUGAUUAUACCAAAGAUCCUGGACUAUUCAGAAGAGCAGUCAGGGAAUGUCGUGUAUGGAGUGGGACUCUGCUUUGGCCUUUUUCUCACCGAAUGUAUGAAGUCUCUGACUCUGUGCUCAUGUUGGGUCAUCAACCAGCGCACUGGCACAAGGUUUCGCACAGCUGUUGCCUCACUUGCCUUUGAGAAGUUGAUUCAAUUUAAGUCACUGACACACAUCUCUGUAGGAAAGGCCAUCAGCUUCUUCACCAGUGAUGUAAACUACCUGUUUGAAGCUGUGUACUAUGGCCCGCUGACCUUGCUGGCCUUUUUAUCACUGAUUGCCUGUGGAGUUGCCUCCUACCUUGUUCUUGGAUCUACAGCACUCAUUGCCGUUUUCACCUAUUUGCUGGUUUUUCCACUGGAGGCUUUCACAACCGUGGCCACCUUGAAUCCCCUGAGGCUGUCGGUGUUCUUUGCACCCUUUGCAAUCAAAGGCAUCACGAAUUGCACUUCCGCAGCUGACAGGCUCAAGAAAAUUUUCCUCCAGGAGAGCCCUACACUAUAUGUCCAGACAUUAAAAGACCCCAGCAAGGCACUGGUUUUAGAGGGUGCCACUUUGUCAUGGAAACAGACCUGCCCUGGGAUGGUCAAUGGAGGCUUGGAGAUGGAGAAGAAUGGACACACCUCUGAGGGGAGGACUGGAACUCAACCACCUUUAAGUGACCUCAGGCCAGAGGACAAAGGACACAGCCUGGGCCCAGAAUUGCACAAUAUAAACUUGAUAGUUUCAAAGGGCAAGAUGCUGGGGAUCUGUGGCAACACAGGUAGUGGCAAGAGCAGUCUGCUGUCAGCCAUCUUGGGGGAGAUGCACUUGCUGGAGGGCUCAGUGGCGGUGCAGGGAAACCUGGCCUACGUGCCCCAGCAGGCCUGGAUCAUCGGAGGCAGUAUCCAGGAGAAUAUCCUCAUGGGAGACCAGUAUGACAAGGCCCGGUAUCGCCAGGUGGUCCAUUGCUGCUCCCUGAAACGGGACCUGGAAAUCCUGCCCUUUGGAGACAUGACAGAGGUUGGGGAGCGGGGACUCAACCUCUCCGGAGGGCAAAAGCAGAGAAUCAGCCUGGCCCGGGCUGUCUACUCUGAUCGUGAGGUCUACCUGCUUGAUGACCCUCUGUCAGCUGUGGAUGCCCAUGUGGGAAAGCACAUCUUUGAGGAGUGCAUUAAGAAGACACUCAGGGGGAAGACCAUUGUCCUGGUGACCCACCAGCUGCAGUAUUUAGAGUUUUGUGAUGACAUCAUUUUGCUAGAAGAUGGGAAAAUCUGUGAAGCUGGAACUCAUAAUGAAUUAAUACAGAAAAAAGGGCAGUAUGCCCGACUCCUCCAGAAGAUCCACGGGGAAGACACACAGAACGUGAAACAGGAGACAGGAAAGAAACAGGACACAGUAGAAGAUCAAGCUUGGGAUGCUACCUGGGAAGAUCCUCUUAGCGACAAAACUGGUAACGGUGCUAAGAAACUGGGUGGGAAUGUCCACGUGUUUGCCUGGGCCUUUCAGAGGUUUGUGCCGGAAAAUCAGCUCACAAAGAAGGAAGAGAUGGAAAAAGGUUCUCUGAGUUGGGGUGUCUACCACUACUACAUCCAGGCAGCUGGAGGUUACAUAGUCUCUAUCAUGGUUUGCCUUCUCAUGGUGGUGACCAUGUCCCUUCUGACCUUCAACUUCUGGUGGCUGAGCUAUUGGUUGGAGCAGGGCUCAGGGACCAAUAGUAGCCGAGAGAGCAAUCAGACCAACGCAUUCCCUGGUGACAUACUGGACAACCCACAGCUGCCCUUUUACCAGAUGGUGUAUGGUCUCAGUGCCCUGUUCCUGUCCUGCACAGCGGUCUGUUCCUCAUGGGCCUUCACAAAGGUUUCAAGGAAAGCAUCUACAGUUUUGCACCAUAGGCUCUUCAAAAAGGUUUUCCGCUGCCCCAUGAGUUUCUUUGACACAACCCCAAUGGGUCGACUCUUGAACUGCUUUGCGGGGGAUUUGGAUGAGCUGGACCAGAUCUUGCCCAUGAUUGCUGAAGAGUUCCUGCUCUUGUUUUUGGUGGUGAUCUCUAUCCUGAUUAUUAUCAGUGUGCUGUCUCCAUAUAUAUUGGUGAUGGGAGCCAUCCUGGCUGUUAUCUGCCUGGUUUUUUAUACGAUGUUCAAAAAGUCCAUCAAUGCAUUCAAGAGAUUGGAGAACUACAGUCGGUCACCUUUAUUCUCCCACAUCCUCACCUCUCUGUAUGGUCUGAGUUCUAUCCAUGUCUAUGGAAAAACUGGAGACUUCAUCAGCCAGUUUAAAAGGCUGACUGAUACACAGAGUAACUACCUGCUGUUGUUCCUGUCUUCCACACGAUGGGUGGCACUGAGGCUUGAGAUCAUAACCAACCUGGUGACCUUGACUGUAGCCUUGUUCGUAGCUUUUGGCUUUUCUUCCACCUCCUAUUCCUAUAAAGCCAUGGCUAUCAGCUUUGUCUUGCAGCUGGCAUCCAACUUCCAGUGCACUGCCCGGAUUGGUUCAGAGACAGAGGCGCGCUUCAUGGCUGGGGAGAGGAUACUGCAGUAUAUGAAGAUGAGUGUCCCUGAGGCUCCUUUGCAUGUGGAAGGUGUGAGCUGUGUUCCUGGGUGGCCACAGCAUGGGGAAAUCACCUUCCAGGAUUAUCAGAUGAAAUACAGAGACAACACCCCUAUUGUCCUCAAUGGCAUUAACUUGACAAUUCGCAGCCAAGAAGUGGUGGGCAUCGUGGGAAGGACAGGCUCUGGGAAGUCCUCCUUGGGAGUGGCUCUCUUUCGCUUGGUGGAGCCCACAGCAGGGCGGAUUCUCAUUGAUGGUGUGGACAUUUGCAGCAUUGGCCUGGAGGAGCUGAGGUCUAAGCUCUCGGUUAUCCCUCAAGAUCCCGUCCUGUUCUCUGGAACCAUCAGAUUCAACUUGGAUCCCUUUGACUGCUACACAGAUGAGCAGAUCUGGAAUGCCUUGGGAAGGACAUUCCUGAUCAAGACAAUCUCAAAGUUUCCAAAAAGACUGCAAGCAGAAGUUGUGGAAAAUGGUGAAAACUUCUCUGUGGGAGAGAGACAAUUGUUCUGCAUCGCUCGAGCCCUCCUCCGAAACUCCAAGAUCAUCCUUAUUGAUGAAGCCACAGCCUCCAUUGACCUAGAGACUGACAACCUGAUCCAGGACACCAUCCGUGAGGCCUUCCAGGACUGCACAGUGCUGAUCAUCGCACAUCGCAUCAUCACGGUCUUCAACUGUGACCGCAUCCUUGUCAUGGACAAUGGGAAGGUCAUGGAGUUUGAUAAGCCUGAAGUUCUGCAGAAGAAACCCGGGUCAGUGUUUGCAGCCCUGCUGGCCUCAACCAACUCUUCACUGAGCUAA